CCGCAAGAGAUUGUUUCCACCGUGGGCACUCAGUCCGGUUUUAAUCUUCGCGCGAUAUGGUCGACCGACAGAGGAAAGUUCCGAAAACGAAAUCGAAACCAUCUCAAGAUGCGACCAAUCUGCAUCAAAUCGAUUCCCAGCUGGGGAUGAUUGGCGUUCUUUUAAUCCUGAUUUGUGGAUCGAUUUCGAGCUAUCUGCUGAGCAACCUUCCGGAUGCAUUGACACGUGCUCAGCUGGAAAACAAUCCGGGCGCUUUCAUCGCCGAACGAGCAUGGGAAAAUUUGAAGGUAUUGAACGACAUCGGACCGAAACCGACCGGUAGUGAAGCCAACGAGAAGCUUACGGCUAAUUACAUUAAGCGUGAAAUUGAGUUGAUCCAUGCAAGUAAACAUGCCAACCAGCAACUGCUCGUCGAGCAUCAGGUGGUGUCCGGAGGGUAUUCGGUGGCCUUUCUAGGACAUCCGUUGACCAGCUUGUAUCGGAAUGUGCAAAAUCUGGUAGUGAAACUGAAGGGACAGAAUGAUUAUGACGGGACAAGUCCUGCAUUGAUGCUAAAUUGCCACUUUGACACGGUGGCCAGCAGUCCGGGAGCGAGCGACGACGGAGCCAGCUGUUGUGUUAUGUUGGAAAUCAUGAGAGUGUUGUCCAGAGAGCCCAAGCGGAAUCGCCACUCGAUUGUGUUUCUGUUCAACGGAGCAGAGGAAACUCCUUUGCAGGCCGCACAUGGAUUUAUUACGCAACAUCCGUGGGCGAAACAGGUUGCGGCUUUCUUGAAUUUGGAAUCGGGUGGCUCCGGUGGAAAGGAAGUGCUGUUCCAGAGCGGACCGGGACAUCCAUGGAUGAUUGACCUAUAUGCACAGGCUAUAAGGCAUCCGUUCGCACAAGCCGCGGCAGAGGAGGUAUUUCAGUCUGGUCUGAUCCCAUCCGAUACUGAUUUUCGAAUAUUCAGAGAUUUUGGAAACGUCCCUGGUAUGGAUUUUGCACAUGUUGCCGAUGGAUAUCGUUACCAUACCAAGUUUGACAGCAUAGAUUAUCUGUCGUUGCCGGUGCUUCAGAGAACUGGAGAUAACAUACUUGCCCUAACGAGGAGAAUGGUUAACAGUGAUGAGCUAGCAAAUAGUUGGAAGGAAGAAUCAGCCAAAGGAAAAAGUGUCUUUUUUGAUUUCCUUGGGCUAUCGUUUGUGCAGUAUUGUACCAAUACUGCAUUAGUGAUCAACACGGUAGUGUCAAUCGUUGCGGUUCAGUUCCCAUUAUAUGGACUAUGUCGCGCCACACCGUAUGGAAUAUCAACAAUCUUCAAAGAAGCAGCAUACGGGUUUGUGGCAACCGUCGGUGGUAUUCUGGGAAGCGUUAUAGUAAAUCUUAUCAUUGGACAUGAGUUGGAUGCACUGGGUUACGCGUUAUCAUGGUAUUCGUCACGUUAUCUUAUUUUGGGACUAUAUUGUGGACCGGCUUUGCUCUGUCAUUGCUUCGCGCAAAUGAUUGUCAACAAGCUAUUCGCUGAUAAGAAGACGCCGUUGAAUUUAUCGCAAAUCGUACAGUCGAGAUUAAUUGGCGUCAGUGUGUUUUACUCGUUGUUGAUUAUGCCAUUGACACUCAUGGGAAUUCGAAGCACCUAUAUAUUGACGGUUGUGGCUUUGUUCUCUUCACUGUCAUCACUAACAACAUCGGUGUUAGGGUACCACAAUACCACGAGAAAAUGGUUGUUAGUACAUACGCUAUUCCAGAUUCUAACAAUGCUCUGGUCAACCAAUUUCUACAACACAUUCAUGCAACUUUUUAUUCCGAUUUCUGGAAGAAUCGGUGGCACCAAGAAUCCGGAAAUCUUGAUUGGCAUGCUGGCAGCAUUUCUAACAUUCCUUACCACCAGCUACCUCACACCACUGAUCUCAUUGCUGAAAAAGCCUUCAGAGCUUACCGCUCGAAUUGUGGCUCCGAUUUUGAUAACAUUUUUCCUGACGUGUCUCACACCAGCCAGCUUCCCAUACAGAGACGAGAGUGCCAAAGCUCCAGCCGUUCAGAGGCACUACAUAACGCACGCUUUACGCCUCUAUCACGACCUUCAAGGUAACCUACGCCAUAAUGAUUCUGGAUUCCUAAUUCGGGAGAUGGACCGCAACUCGGAACGAGUCGUACGUGACAUUUUGGGUCCCGAAGGAGUUGUUCGAAUGCGUGAAAUGAGUAGCUGUGCGGAAGAAUUUUUCUGUUCUGUUCCGUUCUACUCUAUGUGGCACCAGAUACGGUUUGAUAACUUUUGGCUUCCGGGACCGGCACCCUCAGAGAACAAAAUGGUUACGCUAAAGCUCAAACAGACGCAACAGAUCGAUAAGCAUAUAAGGCGACUGCAUUUCACACUGGACGGAAGCAUACAAUCGUCGCUUAUGAUUGGACCGAAAUCCGGCGUCAGAUUGGUCAACUGGAGCUUGCUGGAUGAACUAACGACGGAAACCGAGUUCAACGGUCAGCGUGGACAUUUUGUACUCGUGACGCAUGGUCUGCCUGGCGAACCUUGGGACAUUACCAUGGACUUUGAGUACCGAGAUGCAAAUCCGGAAGGACCGAUAGUAGAUAUUGCUGUGGUUACAACAUUCUGGGAACAUCAGGAAAAUCACACGCGCGAGUUCAACAAUUUGAUCGAAAAGUUUCCGUCAUGGGCGCACAUCAUACCGUCAGUGGCAGUCAUGAACGUUUAUGUGUUUUGAUCUUUUGUUAUGAAGAUAACAGUGUAAAUAAAUAUAUUUUGUAUUGUUCAUAGAA